UGUUGCCAUGGAAAUGGACGCAUUCUGGAGCCGCGGCCCCUCCUGCCCACGGCAGCUGGAUGCGGAGGGGAGCACCACGGGAAGGAGGUGGCGGGGAGACGGGCACAAACAACGCGUGCACGUUAGAGGAGGGACCUUCCCAGAAUGAGAGUGCCGUGGGACACAGCGGAGCGGGGACACCGAGCUGCCAGGCAGCGGUGGCUCAGCCUCGUGGGAUAAGCCUUGUUUUCUGCUCUGGUGGGAAGCCCAGUAAAAGCCCAACUGUAGCAAGAUGGGAUCUGCCUCCUCAACUUACCGGCCCAAGUGUAUUUAUUUGGAUAUUGAUGGAAGAAUUCAAAAGGUGAUCUUCAGUAAAUACUGCAACUCCAGGGAUAUCAUGGACCUCUUCUGCAUUGCAACAGGGUUACCAAGGAACACAACCAUCUCUCUCUUGACGGCAGAUAAUUGCAUGGUGUCCAUUGAUCCGACGAUGCCUGCAAACUCAGAGAGGUCUCCAUACAAAGUGAUACCUGUUGCCACUGGGCAGAUCUCAGAGAAAGAAGAAUUGUUCCAGAAUUUACUGGGACAGAUUGCCGAGCAGUUCUCAAGGGUUUUUAAAAUCAAUGAACUGAAAACGGAAGUAGCUAAUCACUUGGCAAUGCUGGAGAAAAAGGUGGAACUGGAAGGCCUGAAAGUUGUGGAGAUUGAGAAAUGCAAGAGUGAUAUUAAAAAGAUGAGGGAGGAAAUGGCAGCAAGAAGCAGCAGGACUACCUGUCCCUGCAAGUACAGCUUUUUGGAUGAAAACAAGAGGCCAACACCCCGGCGAGAUGUGCCAUCCUACCCAAAGUACAUGCUGUCCCAGGAGACCAUAGAAGCACUUCGGAAACCAACAUUUGAUGUCUGGUUGUGGGAGCCCAAUGAGAUGCUGAGUUGCUUGGAGCAUAUGUACCAUGAUCUUGGACUGGUCAAAGACUUCAACAUCAAUCCUAUCACAUUAAAGAGGUGGUUGGUAAGUGUUUCAAAUUACUGAUGUUCGCAAUCUUUCUAGUACAAAACAAAGUACUGAUACGAGGAAUUCAUUUGGCUCACACAAGUUAUCCCUCUGAAAGCAGUAAACUAUACAAAUUCUUAAAAUUUAAGUCCUUCAGCAAAUGUUUGCAUUCUUGUGGUCACUGAUCACAAUUCUUAAUGACAGUUUUUAACUGCCUUGCAUUGGUUUGCUGAACUUUUUAUUGCAGAGAGCAGUUCAUUUCAGUGGAUGCUCUUGGUACCAAAUGGAAGCGGAGAUGGGUGUCUUCAGAUAUCGCCAAAAAAACUCAAUUUAUAGAUAUCUAAACAGUGGGAAUCGAGUGGAUGUGCCAGGCUCUUUUCAGUGACACUCAGUGAUAGGUCAAGGGGAAACGGACUCAGAAUGAAACACAGGAUAUUCCAUACAAAAAUGAGAAAGAACUUCUUUAUUGUGAGGGUGACAGAGCAAUGGCACAGGCUGCCUGGAGGGGUUUUAGAGUCACCUGCUUUAGCAGGGGGUUAGACUUCUGAUAUCCAGAGGUUUCUUCCAACCUCUAUGGUUCUGUGUUUCUGUGAUUUGAUGUGUUAAAUCACAAGGAGUAAAAGAGCAAGACAGGAUGGAAAAGGAAUUGCUGAGAAGCUAAAUAACUUUCUUUUUCUUAGUCUUUAUUGUUGAGAAUGUGGGAGAGAUAAAAGACAUGAAAAGGGCAAGAGCAUACCAAAACUAAGAUGUCUGAAGAGGCACUGGAGCAUUAAAAAAUCAGUGGUAUAGGAUCCAAGGAGGAGCACAAGAAAAAAAGUUACUAAAAAGCUUAAGAUUACAUUGGCUUUCUCAGAAAAAACCAUUGUGUUCCUAGAGGACAAGGAACAGUAAAUGUUCUGCCAAAUUAUUUAAGAAGGAUCUGAUGACACUCUGAGCUACAGUUAGUAAAACUUACUCCUCCAGUCAGCAAGCUGAUCUAAAUAAAAAUUAAAAACAUCAUGUUCAUUAUAUGAAUGUUUCGUAUGAUUCUGGUGAAGAAGAAUUAUGCCUUGACAGUCUCUCCUAACUAUUUGAAGAGUAUGCACAGAAUGGAAAAGGUUCCUUUGAAUGAUUACCUCCGGAAAGGGCUUAACAAAUUCCAUACAGAAGGUGUCUAGGAAACACAAAGCCUCAUUUCAACAAGAACAGCAAGAGCAGCAGCAUGCGCAAGGCAGAGGUUAUCCCUGCUUGGGAUGCUGCUAUGGGCUGAUGCCAACAAGGUGUUAGAGUGAUUAGAGACUGGAAUAGGAGAUAAAUGGACUGAUGUGACCAGGUCUCCAGAUAAGGAAUAAGGUAGGAGCUUAUUGUAGGAGACUGGUUUAGCCAUUAUAGAACGCUAUGACUACAUUAACUGGGAGAGAAAAAAUGAUCAAGAGUGGGGAAAUCUCUCCCCAAAGAAGGCAGAUGAAAAGCUUAGUAGUGCAGAGCUUAAAAAGCAGAUGAACAAAAAGGGUAGGAUGAAACCCAAUAUAAUCAAGGCUAACACAGAGCAGAUAAAACAGAAAAUUUCCUCCUCCUGUCUCACAGCCUGAAAACACAGGAAACAAGGUGAUAUGUCAACACACAUAAACAUGCUACCCACCAGCACUACAGCAGUCAGCUUCCUGUUCGUCUGCAUCUCCGAGUCAUUUGUUAGCGCUAGCAUUUGAGAACAAUGAGAGGAGCUUUAUAUGUAUUUUGCACAAACCUACUGCAGGGAGAGGAUUCCUCUCUCAAACACCAGUUUCACAGAAGGCUGAUUAAAAAAGACCCGAAGGACUCUGCUUCCACUAUGUCACCACCUCAGGCAUAGCGUGGGUACCAGUUUGAACGUAAGUGGGGUGAGAAAAAGCUACCUCCUGCAUACGCUUGCUUUCCUACCACUACAUCCACUGGCUAUGGAAAUGUUCCAGGAAGCAGAGGGAAGGAUGACUAAUGCUGCCCAGUCACUACAGUGCUCUGAGUCAGGACUCCCCGGGGAUGUGCAGAGCUCUGCUGUAGCGUAUACAUCACCUCCCUCUGUGCCAUACGGUGCCUGGGCACAGCCACACGUCC